UUGAUAUUAUGAGUCAUCAACCUCCAGGUGACCUCCAGUUUCCUGUAUUCCAAACACAGCCAAAAUGUCGAAAGCUAAAAAAGUUAUCGAAGAAGCGAAGGAAAUUAACAAUCCUGAAAUAGAUUUGGUUGACAAAGGACUUUCUAGCCUCGACGAAAUACCUGGAUUGUUCAGUCUCGCCAACAUAACUCGUCUAUCUCUCAGCCAUAACAAGAUCCAAGUAGUUCCCGCUGCCCUCGCCAACCUCGCAAACUUAGAGAUACUUAACCUUGCAAACAACCAUAUCACCGAGUUACCUGUCAGUCUAUCUUCUUUACCAAAGCUACGUAUCCUCAAUGUCUCGCUUAACAGACUGUAUGGACUGCCGAGAGGUUUUGGCUCAUUCCCUGUUUUGGAAAUCUUGGACUUGACAUAUAAUAAUUUGAAUGAGAAGAAUCUACCUGGGAACUUCUUUAUUAUGGACAGUCUCCGUGCACUGUACCUUGGAGACAAUGACUUUGAGUACCUGCCUCCAGAAAUUGGCAACCUAAAGAAUUUGCAAAUUCUAUCAAUGCGGGAGAAUGAUCUGAUCGAGGUACCUCGUGAGCUGGGGCAGCUCUCCAGACUGAGGGAACUGCAUCUACAAGGCAACAGGCUUGUUGUACUGCCUCCAGAGAUUGGUGCUCUAGACCUGGCCAGCAACAAGUCGGUGCUGCGGCUGGAGGGCAACUUCUGGGUGCCGCCCAUUGAAGACCAGCUCAAGUUGGGACCCUCACACGUGCUCGACUAUCUGCGCUCUGAGACUUACAAAGUUCUAUACAGUCGUCACAUGUCAGCCAAGCCGCCGCCGCCGCCGCAAACACUGGACAAGAGCAAGAAGGCGAGCAGGGCCGCAUAACAACACAUGUAUUAUUAACACCAUCGUGCCAUUAUUGUUAAUAUUCUAACUAAUGCUUGAAUGGAUUUGUGUUGCUUUGAAGUAAGUAUGGAUGUAGUAAAAUAUAGAUGAAAAUAAUUGCAGAGGUAUAAAAUACAUAUAAGUAAAUGAAUAAGAAACAUGAAAAUUAUAAGAAUUUAUUAAGGUUCAAUAUUGAUUUGUCAAGUAAUUCUAGUUGGGCUAGAAAUCCAUUCUUGUUUUACUGAGAUUUGCUACAUUCGGAUAGACAAGUAAAAUAUGAAAGAAAACCAUUGAGUGUGUGACAUUAAUAUUUAAAAUGUUUUAUUAAAUAAUAGUUAAGUGCACUGACAAGUAAACAUAUUUUUUUACACUAAUUAUGGUGCUAAUUUAUUAAUAAUUGUAUGUUGUGAUUGUAUUAAUGUGUAAGUUGAAAUACUAUCGUAUUAAAUUAUUUACUAACAAAAUA